AAUGGCGUGAUGUGUGUUCCUCAAAAACAACGCGUAGUUACACUGUGUUGUGGGCUUGUGGCCCCGGCAGGAGACCGCCGACCUCAAGUCAAGUCCUUGCCCUCCUCCACUUUUGCCCAGCGCGGCCGUUGCUUUUCUUUUUCGCGGAAACAGCAUCACACGUUCAUCUUCCUUCCCUGUGCUUUCCUUUCUCUAAAAUAAAGUCAGCGUCAGCACCACCAUUCGCUCUUACCCAGCGGGCAAUGGAGAGCGCAGCGCAGUCCGUCGUGAGCAAGCUCGGGCAGCUGGUGGUCGACGAGCUCCAGGACAUCCGCGGCGUCGGCGACAAGGUGGUCCACCUAAUGGACGAGCUGUCCACCAUGAAUGCUGCGCUCCGCAUGAUCUCCGAGGCGGACCAGAGCUCCGUCGACCACCUCACAAGGGAGUGGGAGAAGCAGGUGCGCGAGCUCGCCUACGACGCUGAGGACUGCGCCGACAUCUACCGCCUCCGCGUCAACGUCAACCGCCGCCCCGCCUCCGGGACUCCUCCGCCGCCAAAUCACCGCCGGUGGUAUCAUGACUAUGGCGUCGUCGUCACAUGGAGCAAGCACCUGUUCGACAAGCUUCAGCUGCGACGCGCCCUCGCCGCGGAGGUCAGGGCACUUCUGGCACGCACCGGCGCCGUCAGCGAGCGCCGCGCUCGUUACGGCAUUGAUCGGGCCGUGCUGCCCAGGUCCUCCAGCUGCUGGCUCACCCCGGUCUCGACGGCGGCUGCGCUCCGCCAUGCACAUGACCCCGAUCAGCUUGUCGGCAUCGGCGAGCAGGUCACCGCCCUGGCCGAGAGGAUCAAGGCGGCGGAGGACGACGACGACGGUGACAGGAGGCUGAAGGUGUUCUCCAUCGUGGGGUUCGGGGGCCUGGGGAAGACGACCCUGGCCGUGGAGCUGUGCCGGCAGCUGGACGCCGACUUCCAAUGCCAGGCACUGGUGUCCGUGUCGCAGGCGUUUGAUGGGGACAAGGACAUGAAGGGGUUGCUGGGCCGAGUGCUGCACCAGAUCGUCAAGGUGAAACAAGACGAGGCCGCCAAGGUCCACCAGAUGGAUGUGGAACACCUGUACACCAAGCUCAAGGACCUCCUUAGGGACAAGAGGUAUCUCAUCGUGAUCGAUGAUGUAUGGAGCCUAUCAGCAUGGGAAGCUAUCCAUGUCAGAUUGCUAGAGAAUAAUUGCAAUAGCAGAGUCAUUGUGACGACUCGGAUAGAGACUGUUGCCAAAGCAGCUAGUGUUUCAGAGGACCUUGUCCAUCAUAUGAAGCCCCUAGAACCAAAGGCUAGUCAAGAACUAUUCAUCAAGAGAGUAUUUGGCUCCAUGGGCACUUGCCCCAAUGGACUGAAAGAGAUCAUGAGAAAGAUUUUGAAAAGAUGUGGUGGAUUACCACUGGCCAUUGUAAGAAUUGCGGGCCUUCUAGCAUGCUACAAUUCAGAUGAGAGUGUAGAAAUGUGGAUAAGAGUCUCCAACUCAAUUGGUUCUCAGAUGGAGAGCCACCCCACCCUAGAGGGGAUGAGGCAAGUGAUUACACUCAGCUAUGACUACCUGCCUCAUCAUUUGAAGGCUUGUAUGAUGUAUCUGAGCAUUUUCCCUGAGGAUUAUGUGAUUGCCAAGGACAGGCUAUUGUACAGAUGGAUUGCUGAAGGCUUGGUUGCUGAGAAGCGGGGUUUGACUUUGUUUGAUGUUGCAGAAGAGUACUUCAAUGAGCUAAUAAGCAGGAACAUGAUUCAGCCAGACAAGUUGUCAAUAACCGGAAGCUAUAGGUACAUGGUGGUGGAAGCGUGCCGAGUGCAUGAUAUGAUGCUUGAGGUAAUGGUGUCUAAAUCACAGGAGGCUAACUUUGUUAGCUUGGUAGGGCGGCAAUACAGAGGAGUAUUGGCACAUGGCAAGGUUCGCCGUCUCUCUGUUCAUGGUAAUGACAACGAGCCUAUCAACCCCAUCAAAAACAAAGUGGAGCAGCGACAUCAUGCAAGGCAUGGCAUAGAGGCGAUGAACCUACAACAUGUCCGAUCAUUGACUACAUUUCAGGUGGAAGGCCUUGACAAGCUACUGGAUCGACUAGGUGAGUUCAAACUGCUGAGGGUACUUGACCUGGAAGAUUGCAAGACUCUGCAAGACAAGCAUAUGAGAGAUGUCUGCCGUUUGUAUCUUCUCAGGUUCUUGGGCUUGAGGGGUACACAAAUCAAUGUGAUGCCUAGCAAAAUCGGUGACCUAGAGUUUCUGGAGACUCUCGAUGUCGAACAGGGAGGGAUCAUCGACAUGCCGCCAACUGUGACAAAGCUGAGCAAACUUGAGCGCCUAAAAGUGCGCCGGUGGAUUCUGCCACCAGGGCUAGGGAACAUGAAGGCCCUGCGCGAGGUGGCUUGGGCCUUUCUCCAAGGUGACGUUCAUGUCGCCGAAGAGAUCGGUGAGCUGCAACAGUUGCAGUUCCUCUCCAUAGAAUUGGGUGGGGAGCCCAAAGAGGAUUUUUUGCAGGCGCUUGCCUCCUCCCUGAGCAAGACAUACGCCCUCCGGUCACUCCAUCUAUCAACCUAUCAUCGCAUGACAUUGGACUUUCUCCUUCAUGUCUCCUCACCGCCGCCACUCCUCCGGUGUCUUAUCAUGAAUGGGCCUAUUAGUCGAUUUCCUAACUGGAUCUCAUCACUCAAUCAUCUUGUGGAGUUUACCAUGAGGCGAGCACAGCUUGCUGGUGACCAGCUACUUGAUUGCUUGUGUAAGUUACCCAACCUGCAGACCAUCGAACUGGGGUCCUGGAGCUGCAAAAACAGAGAGCUGGUUGCACGCACUACUCACAAGUUUCCAGGGCUGAGGACCCUGAAUCUGUCUAGCUUUUUUGGAGAUCCAGAAGUAGUAAAAUUUGAGCAAGGAUCAAUGACAAAGCUCGAGAAGCUUCUGGUAGAGUUCUCUAACGAAACGAGGAGCAUUGUCGGCAUUGAGAACCUUAAGAACCUUAAAGAGGUAAAGCUCAGAGGUAAAGAAAACAACCUGUCACUAGAACUUGCACAGCGGCAGCUCAAGGAGGAGAAUCAGAAUCGCCCCAAGUCCAACCAGAUCAAAGUUGUUGCUGGAUGCUGGUGAUCACGUCAUGUUUUCCCAUCCUUUUGGAACUACCGGAAGACAACGCUUCUCCUCACUGUAGUUAUUUCCCUAAAUUCUGCUCAGACUCGAUGGAACAUUUAGUUGGUACUGUAUCAUUUGUUUUCAUUUCCAAUUUAUGAACAUUCAAAUAAAACAACGUGCAUUCAGACGUCAGUGCCUCCAACGUGCAGCCAACCAAAGUGCUGAGUUCAUGGAAACGAAGGCUUGUACUGAUCAAUGUUUGCUGAGAACAAUUUUAUA